GGGCCCGGGGGGGGCGGGGUGGGGUGCUCUAGGGAGCGGGGAUGAGUCUAGUGGGCGGCUUCCCCCACCACCCGGUGGUGCACCAUGAGGGCUACCCUUUCGCUGCCGCCGCCGCUGCCGCUGCCGCCGCCGCCACCCGCUGUGGCCACGAGGAGAACCCCUACUUCCACGGCUGGCUCAUCAGCAGCCACCCGGAGAUGUCUCCCCCCGACUACAGCAUGGCUCUGUCCUACAGCCCCGAGUACGCCAACGGGGCGCCGGGCAUGGACCACUCCCAUUACGGGGGGGUACCGCCCGGGAACGGCCCGCCCGGGCUCGGGGGGCCCCGGCCGGUGAAACGCAGGGGCACGGCGAACCGCAAGGAGCGGCGCAGGACUCAAAGCAUCAACAGCGCCUUCGCGGAGCUGAGGGAGUGCAUCCCCAACGUGCCCGCAGACACCAAGCUCUCCAAGAUCAAAACCCUCCGUCUGGCCACCAGCUACAUCGCCUACCUCAUGGACCUGCUGGCGAAGGACGACCAGAACGGGGAGGCGGAGGCUUUCAAGGCAGAGAUCAAGAAGACAGACGUGAAGGAAGAGAAGAGGAAGAAAGAGCUGAACGAAAUCUUGAAAAGCACAGUUAGCAGCAACGAUAAGAAAACCAAAGGGAGGACUGGCUGGCCGCAGCAUGUCUGGGCUUUGGAGCUCAAGCAGUGAGCACGGCAGGACUGGAGGAGCCGUCCUCUUAGUCUCGGUAGUGAGCUCUCCUCUGAGGACUCUUUGUAUUUGGAAUAAUCCAGUUUAUUUAUGUGCAAUUUCUCCCCCAACCCCCCAAAAUGUGGAUAUUUGAAGGAGAGGGAAAAAGCAUUCCAUAUAUGAAGAGGAAAACUCCAGCUUGUAAGGGGUAAUGUCUCUAAAUGUUUCGUGAAUGUUAUUUGCUCUGUAUAACACACGUGGGGAAAACAGAAUCAUAGAAAAGGAAAAAAAAAAAAUCCCUCCCUGGCAUUAGUGUGUAUGUGAAGUGUAUCUUUAAUACUUGGCCUUUUGGAUAUAAAUAUUCAUGGGAUUAUAAAGCUAUAUUUCAACAGAAGCAGUUGCACCAAUGUUUCGAUUGACUCGGUAUUUAGUGUUGUAAUUUUGUUGUGGUCGUUCAGUAUUUGAAGAUGUUUUCAACAGUUAUUGGUUAUGUGCACUUCCGUCCGUAAGGGAAAAAGUGGAAUCUAAUUAAUAUUGAAGGUGUAAACGUUGUAAGUACUCAAUAAACCACUGUGUGUGUUUUUUACAAAAGAAAAAAAAAAGAAAAAGAAAAAAAAAAAGAAAAUCCAAAUCUUUUUAUGUUUUAUACCUCAAAAUGUUUUGAAUAACAGCGUUGUUUAUGGCUUUUUUUUUUCAUAAUAUUUAAAAUAUUCGGAAGUAAACUAAAUUAU